AUGCAUCAACAACGUAUGCAAAGUUUUAUUGAAGAUCAAAUUAGAAAACUUAUUGCAUUUCGUGGUAAUUGUAAUGACAAUGUUAGUCAAUGGUUAUGCAAUACUGGAACUGUAUUUGAUAGCGUACAGUUACAAACAUCGAAUAAAUUCUUAGUAGUACAAUCGUAUUUAAUUGGUACUGCUUCCAUUUGGCUUUAUUUCCACAAGUCUGAUAUUCAUGAUUGGGAUACAUUUAAACAUGAAAUUCUUAAAGCUUUUCAACCCGUAUCUAAUCGAGCAUUAUCAGUGGUUGAACAACGAUCAAUACCAGUACAAAAUGUUAAUUCAUCAUCAAUAUCGUCCAAAACAGCCCCAGAUUCGUCCUGCACAUCUCAAGAUAAUUUUUCAGCAGUUAUUGAUCUAAGCGGAUCAAUUUCAAAUAAACGUUCUCCACCAUCCUCGGAAAUUGAAAAAUCUUCAACACCUGAACAAAUAAUAAAUGAUGAUCAACAAUUAACCAUUGCCGUUUUGACUGAAAUCUCAUUGCUUCAUCAAUUCAUAAACGAAAAUGUAAUUGAAGAUUCAACUAUUGAUAAUAUUCCAAAUAAUUCUCCCCGGAUAAUUACAAGUCCUCAAUUAACAUGUUAA